AUGUCAUCAUUACCAGUUGCUUUUUUAAAAUAUAUUGCACAAUUAUUAUUAUGUGUAUAUUUUGUUUAUUGUGGAGUGGUUGCUGCUGAAAAAGAACCUUCCGAAUUAGAACCAGAUAUGAUAAUGGAAGAAAGUAAAAAUAUAGUUCCCAUUGAUGGUAAUGAUUCGUCGACAAAAAAAGUCGGUUUUUUCCCAGCAUUUGUCGCUUCAUUUUCCGUAAUUAUUGUCUCAGAAUUGGGUGACAAAACUUUUUUUAUUGCUGCCAUAAUGGCUAUGAGAUAUCCUCGUCUCACAGUUUUCGGAGGAGCCAUAACAGCUUUAAUAUUAAUGACAAUCCUUUCAGUUGGUUUUGGAUGGUUUGCAACAUAUAUUCCAAGAUCUUAUACAUAUUAUGUUUCGACAGCUUUAUUCGCAAUAUUCGGUUUAAAAAUGUUAAGGGAUGGAUAUUACAUGUCACCGAAUGAAGGUAAAGAAGAAUAUGAUGAAGUGCAAUCGGAUAUUAGAAAAAGAGAAGAUGAAUUAGAAAAAAAUAAAAUGCUAUCAACAGAUUUGGAAAGUGGAGAAACAAUAAGAUCGAACAAUAGAUGCAAAAUAUUAAAUUACAUUCCGGAAGUAUUUCUACAAUCUUUUUCAUUGACAUUUUUUGCCGAAUGGGGUGAUAGAUCACAAUUUACAACAAUAUUACUCGCUGCCAGAGAGGAUGUUUUCGGUGUGAGUUUGGGUGGAGUCGUUGGGCAUUCCAUGUGCACAGGUUUAGCUGUUAUAGGAGGUAGAAUGAUUGCUCAAAAAAUUAGCGUUAGAACCGUUACUCUAAUAGGAGGAGUCGUGUUUUUAGUUUUUGCCGUAACAGCUUUAUUCACGUAUCCUAAAGAUUUAAGCUAA